CUGAUAUCUAAUGCGGCUAUGAAAAAGGAAAAUAUGGGCAUAUAAAAUGUGCGUGCGAGUGGGUCUGUAAGUGUGUAAGUGUGCAUCUGCAGGAUCAAUUUUACACAAUAUGGCUGUAUCAUCAGCUAAGAGUGCCUUAAGGAGGAAAAUCACAAAUAUCCUUGAAAAUGUUAGCUCGGAAGAGAAAAAAAUACAAUCUGUAAAAGUGUUUGAAAAGUUGCGUGCAUUGAAGCAAUAUCAAGAUAGCAAGAGAAUUUCAUUAUACCUAAGUACUGAGGAUGAAAUCGAUACUGUGCCCAUUUUAAAACAUAUAUUUGAUAUGGGGAAAGAAGCAUUUAUACCACAAUACCAUGGAAAAACUAUGGAGAUGGUAAAACUAAAAUCAAUGGAUGAUUACCAGGCACUGCCAUUAACAAAGUGGAAUAUUAAACAGCCCAGCAUUACCGAACACCGUGAAAACGCCUUAGAAACAGGUGGAUUAGAUUUUAUAAUUUUGCCAGGAGUCGCUUUCACCGCAAACGGAAAACGUUUAGGACAUGGAAUGGGAUAUUACGACAAAUAUUUAAAGAGAUGUUUCGAAAAACAAAAUAAAAGACCGUAUUUGGUAGCAGUAGGGUUUAAAGAACAGAUACAAGAAGAGGUACCAGUGAACGAACAUGAUGUGCCCGUUGAUAUUGUACUCAGUGGAUAAUGAUGAAAGUGGAACAAAAUAACAUGUAAUGAUAAAACACGUAAUGACAGAAUAAAAAGGAUGAACAUAAUUUUA